ACCCGUCUAAGACUUCAAUUAAAGUCAUCCGCUGAUAACCUCGUAUGGAUGGAGUGGCGUAGGGCCAGGCCAGGGGCUGGACCACUCAUCACAACGCAUUUACACAUGCGCUUCAGUCAACAACAGUUUGCGCGCGCACGCGUGCUCAACUCCGUUUUUACCUUAUCCGCCGGCACCGAACAUACCCAGUAUUGAUCGGGCCUCCGCCGCGAUACGGCGUCUCGAAAAUGCUAUACGAAUAUUCGCGCGGGUCAAACAGUGUUCGAUAGGAUUUUUGUUGUCUCAUACCGACCUCUUUGAGCCUUCUUCAAUAUGGAAGAGUGGGAGAAAGGCGUUUCUGUGUUAUAGAGGACGAAGUGAAUAUAACGAUUAUGUCGAAGAUCCCUGUCGAUAGAAGUGUCAAAUCAAGAUCUUUAAACAUUAACGGAGUAUGCUUCAAAGAUUACUCUCUGAUUGGAAGCUUACGCUCUGGCGACAUAAAACCUAUAGAUAUUCCUAAAAGAAUACAAACAGUUAAUGCACCGAAUAAUGACAUAACCGAUAAAAUAUUCCAAACAACCUAUCAAAGCUUCAUACCUAAAAUGAGUCUGAACCUGGAAAAGGUUGUAGAGAAAAAUCCAAGAAUUUUAGAUUUACGAGAAAAGUUGAACGAGAUUACAAAGAAACAAGAUCUGAAAGAUGCAAAGACAAAAAGUUAUUUAAAUGAUAUAACGCAGCAGUUCGCCGAAGAUACUAAUGAGUCAGGUCCAUACAGUCUCUUAUUUGACCUUCAAGCAGAUCCUUCCACGUCUUGUGUAAAUGUUAAUGAAGGGGAAUCGUGGAAAAGAUCUCAAAAUGAUGUGUCAACAGAUAAUAUCCCACAAAUCAUAAAUAAAAUUACAAAUUCUGCUAAUAAAAGUAUUGAAAGGCUACCUAGUGUUCUCAACUUCGAUGACAAACCCAUGAAAGAGUUUGAAUAUUCAUGUGAGAAAGAAAUUCCUAUUCCAAUAAAAACAACAUUUAAUACUCAUUCAAGAUCCGAUCUAUGUUUACAACUUAAAUCGCAUGUUCAUCCACGAACUUACGAAACGAACCUCAGUCCGAACGAAAACUCUAUGAGCAGAAACAACGAAGAAAACUCUCUGGAUGACAGCCUAGGCAUUUUGACCCCUGAUCAAAUGGAUGACAUUUGUUAUUUAGAGAAUGCGUUUUCGCCUACGGUCGAGGGGCUACCAAUAUUUUGUGAUAGCAGUGAUUAUAAAGCGUCGCCUGAUAGUGGCGACACGCCUUCAACGGAUAAGACUGAAAGCAAUUCAGCUGCAUCGACAAUACAAAACGAAACUUUUGAAAACGUAAAUGUUAAAAAAGGAAAUACGUUUUCGCAUUCCAUGGCACCUAUUAUUUCACUUAACGCUUUAGAAACUCACGAACUAAAUUAUGACAGUAAUUCAGUUCUUAAUUUGUAUGAUAAAAGUUUUUGCAAUCUAUUAGAUACCAAACAAGAAACUAAAAACAGUUCGGUGGCGGAGGAUAAUGUUGAUUUAUACAAAUCUGAAGAAUUCACUCCAAAUUUAGUAGAUGAGGAAUUUAUGCCAUCGAUCCAUGGUAGUAUUUUAGAACCUGCAAGUUCCAUUGCAGAUACAACUAUUAAUUUGGAAAUACCUUUAGAUUGCAAAGCAGAAAAUCGUACAGCUUCUAAUCGUAUAGAACAAACCCCAUCCCCGGAAGAUUUACCACUUGAUAGUUCUGAAAUAAAUGGCGAGAUCAGCACGUAUUCUCAAUUUUCAGCGUCUACGUUACAUGAUUCACAAACUUUUUCAGACAGCAAAAAUGAUUAUACAAAAUCAAUGGAAACUUCAAAAGUGUCAAAUAGUUUUAUAACAAGUAUCACUAGCAUAACUAGCUUAGACGGGUAUCAAGGGGACGGGGAAAUGUCAAGACCAGUGAGUCGAAGUGCAGAUCACCCAAUGGAACCUCGGGAAGAUGUCAUUGAUAUGGAUUGGCAAAAUGUGCCCGUGACAAGAAGGGUAGAUCCUAUGACUGACUCCGAUUUCUUUACUGAAAGCGAUGCCGAUGGAUUAGACGAACACAUGCAAAAAGGUGAUCGACGAGCUCAAGUUAUAGAUGGAGCUCUAUAUGGUGGCAAAAAUGGUAACGCAAAUGCUCCUUUAAUCGUCACGAGAAGUGAAGAUUCAUGCAUGGAGUCAAGUGGAGUAUAUACUGAUUUUGAAAACCAUCGUGCAUCUCCUGUAUUUCUACACGUAAUAAAAGAUAUGUCCCCUGAUUCAACACCGUCAACUCGAUCAGAGUGUAGUCAGAAGGAUUCAAGUUCUAAUAAAUUAAACGCGUAUUUUACACCAUUAGAAGAUACUUUGGAAGAGCAAAAUUCAGAUAUAUCUCACGUGAUGGAUGAUGACAUUACCCCCAAGAAUACUAGCAAAAGAAACUCAAUAAACAGUGAAAAAGAUGUAAGAACAAUCGAUAAAAAUAAAGAAGAAAAACGUAGCUUUACAUUAAAGAAGUACAAAAUGCCCAAACGUGAUGUCCCAAGUAAAUUAAAAACUAUGUUGGCAAGCAGAAAGACUGAUGCAGACACGAGUGUACAAAACAGUCCAAAAGCGGCUAAAAAGUGUGAGAGACGAGAAAGUUUUUUAAAAAAGUCUUCAAUGGAAACGAAGAACGACUACAAAAUGAAAUCUUUCAAGGAUAUUAAAUCGAAAGUUGAUUGCACGUUUUCGUUACAACGGUCGCAGACUGCGUGCAGUGUUACUAGAAUGUUAAGCGCUAAAUCUACUAAUAUGAACACGAAACCAAAAAGCCGUCACUUGCGCAUGCGAAUGGAACUUGGCUCGGCCAACGGCAGUGGCAAGAGCAGCCUGCACAGCUCGCAGAGCGACAUUAGCGCCACCAGCACGCCUCUCGGCAAGCACGCCACUAGCCGCUUCCCGUUGCUGAGAAAUGGCAAGAAGCGAGACAGCGCCCCAACGCCGACUACCCCCGCCCGCCCACCGCCUACACCCCCGCAGCCCCCUCCCGCGCCCGCACAGGUCAAGAAGAAUGGCGUGGUACAGAAGCUGUCGUCGUCCCCCGUGACAGUGCGGGCGCGCACCUCCCUCGCUCCACCUCCCUCCCCCAGGAAGCCGCCACCACACCGCGCACCAGCACAGCGGCCCAACACUUUAACUACAACUAAAGAGCCGCCGCGCGUGACAGCAGCGGUGGGGCCGCGCAGCAAGCGGGCGCAGACGCCGCACGUGUCUCCCAGCAGUCGUCUGCUACUUUUAUUGUAA